GUGCCAUGAAACAACCAAAAGAAUGAAAAGAGAGAUAAGGUUAUAUUUAAAAGUGUAAUUUAAAAUUAAACAAAAAUAAAAAUAAAAAUGAAAAGCUAAAAUGGGUAUGAAUAGUGCAGUCCAGGAUGGUGGAUAAAGCCCAAAGCGAAUAAAUAGGCUCACCCAGAAAUCCACUUGAAGUUGACGCUACAGAGAGAGAGAGGCGGUGUUUCUCUCUAGAGGAUGAGACUCGAGAGAGAGGCAGCCAGCAGUUAAGGUUUGCCAAUUACCAUGUUAUGUACUUCUGCUACAGAUUCAAAAUCAAUGCAGAAACAAUAUAAAUGAGAUUUUCAUUUAUUUAUUGGAGCGAUAAUGCGUGAGAGACAUCCUUGUUAAUGCAAGUUGCUUUUAUGGGUUCUCAUUUAUUGCAGGUUAACUCUUAGAUGUCUAGUUUUCUAACUUGCUUAUGUAAUUUCCCUCAAUAUCUGGUUAUUUAAAUGAAGGCCCCGAGCAGGAUUGGUGACAGAUCAACCAGUGAUGUUGUUGUCAGGCUGCGAACUGAAGAAGCCAGAGAUGAUUGGUUUUAUUGUCACUCCCAUAUUUUGGUGGAGAAGAGCAAGUAUUUUGCUGACCGCCUGUCUGAGAAUUGGCCUACAUGCCAGAUCAUUGAUUCACGGAACUGUGUUGAAGUCUAUUGCCAAGAGUCAGACUUUGAUCACCAUGUCAAUUUUCUUCGCCUUCUAUAUGUUGCUUUAGAUGGAUCAUCAGAGGACAUAUGGCAUGGUGUGAAGAAUGCCCUUGGUAUUCUGCGGGUGGCUGUGGAGCUUGGGUGCCCACAGAUUGUUACUGCUUGUGUAUAUUAUUUGGAAGCAGUCCCUUGGGAAGAAGCGGAGGAGGAAGAGAUUCUAAGGAUCAUACCAGUCAUGGGUUCAAAAGCGGAGCCAAUUCUUGCCCGUCUCCAGCCAGUCAAUCCAUCAGCUAUACGGAGGAUUUUUCUGUCAGCCAUUCAGUUUGCUACAUCAUCUCCUCCUUUAUCCAUUAAUGACCUUAAAAAUUCUGCACAAGAACAGAUUGAAUACAUGCUCACGGAAGAUGAUGAUGCCCCUCUAUUAACAGCUGAUGACGAGAUAAAAUCCUUUGUUAAAGAAUCUACAGGGGGAUUACUCACCAGAUUUAACAGUUUAUUGGACACUUUAUUAUGUAAAGCUGUAGAAUCAGUUUGUGAAUCUGGAAAACUGCAAUCAUUUCAAUCUCAUCUGUCAGAUAUGUCAUGGGCCUGUCGGAUAUUAAGUAAGUUGGACAUAAUGUCUGAAUUUGUGAACAAUUGGGUAGAUGCAUCACAUAAGAUACUUAAGGUUGUUGACCAAGCAAGUUUAGAGGUUGAAAUAAUUGAGAUAAAGUUGAAGAUAAUUGAGGUGGUGGCAAAGGUUUUGGAAGCAAUAGGAUAUGGCACUGUUAUCUUGCCUACUGCAAAACGGUUGCAUAUAGUGAAGGUUUGGCUUCCAUUUGUGAGGGUUGCAAAACCUGCAAUAGAUGCUGUGUCUAAUAUUGAUGAACAUGCUAUGGAGCUUAAGGUGGAUGGGGAACUGUGGCAGUCCUUGGAAUCUGCAUUUGUUUCAAUAAUUCUUGCAUUGCCUUCAGGGGAUCAGGCAGAAAUUUUGACUGAAUGGUUAGAUAACGAGCAUAUUCACUAUCCAGAUUUUACUGAGGCAUUUGAGGUGUGGUGUUACAGAUCCAAGGUUGCCAAGAGAAGACUAGCAGAUAUAAAGGGAAACCAUGGUAUUGCCAACAGACAGUCAUAGUUUCAAGUAACCUCUUUGCUAUCUUUUGAUUAGACAUAGCUUAGUUAAAUCUUGCUUAAAUUUCCGAGUAACUUCUUAUGCUCCCUUUCAUUUGAAUCUGUCAAAGCUUGAUAUAGAAGGACAGUUCCAUUUCAAUGGAUGCUGUUCUAGGUACCUGCAUCUUCAUGGUUUGUAAAAUUUUGUAGUGCUAGGAUCCAUUUGAUUGUAAAAACUGCAAGUGUGAAUAUCAGUAAUUCUAGAUCAAAUGAAUUCAUGUUGUAUAGCUGUUUUAA